UGGAUGGGUAAGCCAUCAGGGAACGGGACAACAACCCAUCUUAUUUUGGGAUACAUAGCCUGCUCGAGAAAAAGAGCGGUGAUUUGAAAAGAAAAUCAGAAGAGAAAAAAACGGGGAGAUAUAGAUGGCUGGGUUGAUGUUUACCGUGCUGCUAUGCCUCUCGGCUGCAGCAAUGUCAACGGUCCGGGGUGAGGACCCUUAUUUCUUCUUCACGUGGAAUAUCACCUAUGGCACCAUCUCUCCCUUGGGCGUUCCCCAGCAAGGCAUUCUCAUCAACGGCCAAUUCCCCGGACCUAAUAUCAACUCCACAUCCAACAAUAACAUAGUCGUUAAUGUCUUCAACAACCUCGACGAACCCUUCCUUAUACAUUGGAGCGGUAUUCAACACCGCAAAAAUUCGUGGCAAGAUGGACUACUUGGAACCAAUUGCCCAAUCCCACCGGGGACAAACUACACCUACCAUUUCCAAGUUAAGGACCAAAUUGGAAGCUUCUUUUACUAUCCAUCAACUGCCAUGCACAGGGCAGCGGGAGGCUUUGGAGGCCUCCGUGUGAAUAGCCGUUUACUCAUUCCUGUCCCUUAUGCUGACCCUGAAGAUGAUUACACUGUCCUUGUUGGUGACUGGUACACCAAGAGCCACUCUGCUCUUAAGAAUUUCUUGGAUAGCGGACGCUCCCUUGCUAGGCCCGACGGUGUCCUCAUUAAUGGGAAGAAUGCAAAGGGUGAUGGAACCGAUGAGCCGCUGUUUACCAUGAAGCCUGAGAAGACUUACAAGUACCGAGUUUGCAACAUUGGACUGAAGACAUCUCUUAACAUUAGAUUCCAAGACCACACCAUGAAGUUGGUAGAGAUGGAGGGCUCUCAUGUCGUCCAGAACGAUUACCAAUCACUUGACAUCCAUGUGGGACAAUGCUUUUCGGUGCUGGUCACAGCCAACCAAGAGCCCAAGGACUAUUACUUGAUUGCAUCCACGCGAUUCACUAAGAAUGUUCUUGUCGGUAAAGGCAUCAUUCGAUAUACCAAUGGCAAAGGCCCUGCCUCUCCUGAAAUCCCCGAGGCACCUGUGGGUUGGGCUUGGUCCCUCAAUCAAUUCCGUACCUUCCGUUGGAACCUUACUGCUAGUGCUGCUAGGCCUAAUCCCCAAGGCUCGUACCACUACGGUUCCAUCAAUAUUACCCGCACGAUCAAGAUAAUCAAUUCAGCCACUAAGGUGGAUGGUAAGCUGCGAUAUGCCAUCAAUGGUGUCUCUCAUAUUGACCCUGAAACUCCAUUGAAGCUCGCAGAGUACUUUGGAAUCGCUGACAAGGUCUUCAAGUACGAUACCAUUUCUGACGACGGACCAGCAGAAGGUGCAAACACCGUGACUGUUGCUCCUAAUGUUGUUAAUGCAACUUUUCGAAACUUCGUAGAGAUCGUAUUUGAGAACCACGAGAAAAGUCUUCAAUCGUGGCAUUUGAAUGGCUACUCCUUCUUUGCUGUCGCCAUUGAGCCUGGGAGAUGGACUCCAGAAAAACGAAAGAACUACAAUCUUCUAGACGCGGUCAGCAGGGAUACAAUUCAAGUCUUCCCCAAAUCGUGGGCAGCCAUUCUUCUGACAUUGGAUAAUGCUGGAAUGUGGAACUUGAGGUCUGAGUUGACAGAAAAUCGUUACUUGGGACAACAACUCUACUUCAGUGUUCUUUCUCCCGCUCGCUCCCUCAGAGAUGAGUACAACAUUCCAGACAAUACUUUAUUAUGUGGCUUGGUUAAGGACAUGCCAUUGCCCAAGCCAUAUACCAUUUGAGGCAAUUCAUUAGCUCUCCCCCACUCCAAUUGAGUGAUUUGAUACUCAUCAACUAAGAUAUAUGGAUGGAGGGGUUGAUUUUUCAUGUAUGAUCGUUGCAAGUAAAAAAUAAAAGAGUAUCUCCCUUAUAAAUAUAUUUAUARUAUUGAGCGGCCUUCUUGUCUUAAACACUA